AUGCAGAGCCAGAACACCGUGCAGGACCCUGACGCCGGCUGGAAGCCAAACAACCGCCCUCAGUCCACCGUUGCCCGCAACUUCAUGGACGAGCUCGACACGCUGUUCAAGCUCGACAGCAGCCUCGAUACACUGGAUAAGACUGUGCACGAGAAGAAGCAAGCCGUUAGCACACAAGCACAGGAGCUCGAGGCCCUGCAGAAGAGGCUACGGGAGGCCGAAGAGCGACUGAGCCAGGCCACGGGCAACUCGCCGCCGAAACGAAAGGACAGCCAGCGCCGAAGUCCCAUCUCAGGCAUCUUUCCCAACAAGGACACAGCUCCUGCGAACAGUCCGCUGGCGGCAAGGCACCCGCAGACAAUGGACAUCCCGGGUACGCUACCCGCGACACGUACACUUGGGCACAGGCUGACUUUGGUAGAACGACCACACUCCGCGCACUCGCGCGCUAGCGUCAAGGUCUAGAUGACUAGCAUCUUUUAGUCCGACAUACCCCAGACUCGCGCCCACGGCAAAGAUUAGCGACUCUGACCGGACAUAUAUCAUUGUAAUCGACGAAGUCCAUAUCAUUUCUGGAGGAGGAUCAUUUUUGCAUUUGCAUUCUGCUUAGCCCAUUGUUGGCUCGUUUGGGAGGAAGGGAUAUCCAUAGGCGCUGGUCAGCGUAGGAGCAAUCCAUGUUGCGUGCCUGUAUCAAGUUGUGAAUCCACGCUUUGCAUCAUCAGUUGUUCAUACUCUCGACUCCAGAAGUGCGUCAGACGGAGACAAGAGAGUGAAUCGGAUUCGUUCGUAGACAGGGUGUUUCAAGUUUG